GCGGGAGCGAACGGAGAGAGGGGGCUGGGGAGGAGGGGCUGGGGGCCCUGAGGCUGGGAGGCCUGGUGAGCACGAGGCGCCUGCUCCUACCCCCCGUGAUGUCUGGCCGCCAGCGGAGACUCUCGCUCGCUGCGCCCUCAGGAUCCGCUAUUGAUAACAACAACAACAACAACAGCUGGGAGGGAGUAACGCGCUGGUGGAUCCCUCGCCGGCUUCACUCGGCCCACUCGCGGCUCGUCUCUUGCUUUCCCUCACCUGGCUCUGCGGCCCAGCCAGACCCACCAGCGGAGCGAGAACGCGGAACUGUGGGGGUGGUGGCUGAGCCGGCGGAGGAGGCAGGAACCCGUUGUCGCGAAGGCCUGUGGCCUCUGCCUCCACAGGUGUUACCAAGAGUGACUUUCACACAGGUGAGACAAGGACAGGUUGAGGGCAUCGCCUUCUUCUACCACCCCUGUGCCCACCCCUGGCUGAAGCUCCAGCUUGCUCUCUUGGCCCGUGUGUGUGUGGCUAAACCCACACUCAUUCCUGACUCCAAUCUCACUUGGGACCGGCCCUUGGUGCUGGCGGCCUGGGGGACGGCACUGAAGAUGUCGUGGAUAGAGCCAGCCUGGGUCGCCCACUGGCUGAAGAGGCGGCGUCGGCGGAAGCAGAGGAGGAGUGUGUGGCUUCUCCCUGAUACUCUCUCUGGGCCCGCCCCCACGAGGCUAGCCUCCAGCAGAGGGAAGCUGUGUGGGAGACGGUGUGUACAGGCCUCGACCCUGGCCUUUGCUCUGCGGAGCUGGAGGCCUCCCGGAGCAGAGGUGACGUCUAAAGGACUCAGGAGGCCCCCUCUCAGUGUUGUCAAGAGAAGAGGGCUCCGGGCUGCCCUUGGUCUCCAAUCCACUCCCUCAGGCCUGGGGGUUUCCUUGACCUCACAGAACCUGAAGGCCCAGGAGCCAACUUUGGGAACCUCAUCUGUGGCCCCUGUGUCUCUGAUGACUGGGGAACCUGGAGGCAGUGGUAGGUCCAGGACAGAAGCUCAGGUGCCCAGUGGGCAAGGCAACCCAGGAGGAUGUGCCUGUCCUGGUCAGGCUUCCCCAGCUCCUCGAGCCGUAGUACCUCCCCAGGUGGCCCGAGGGCCUACUCCACGCACUGAAGAGGCCGCUUGGGCUGCCAUGGCCCUGACUUUCCUGCUGGUCCUGCUCACCCUGGCCACGCUCUGCACGCGACUGCACCGGAACUUCCGCAGGAGCGAGAGUAUCUACUGGGGGCCCACGGCAGACAGCCAGGACACGGUGGCCGCUGUGCUGAAGCGGAGGCUGCCGCUGCCCUCGCGCCGGCCCAAGCGGUCGCGCAGGCGGCCGCUGCUCCCGCCCACACCGGACAGCGGCCCCGACUCGGAGAGCUCAGACUGAGCGGCCUCGCCCCCUGCCACGUGGACGGCGCACGGGCGCCACCUGGCUGCCGCGGAGAGGCCCCGCAGGCCUCCCUGAUGUGAAUUCCUGUCUCCAAUUAAAUUAUUUUAGUAUAA